AUCCAGGGGCACGUGACCCUGCACCUUCCGGUUUCUCCCCUCCCCCUCUCCGCACCAUGGCCUCGGCCGUACACAAAGUGGCUUUACUUUCCUGUAUCGUGCUCUGUUUCUCUGUCCUCUUCUCCAAACUCUUCGUUUCUCGAGUAGCAAGAGACAAGGCUUCACCGCCGGAGGCAAACCUCAAUCGAUUUUCUCCUAUGAUGCAGGGCCCAAUGGUCUCACAACAAAAGCAACAAUGGUCAGCACACCCUCAUUUUCCUGGGUCCCACCAGGCAGACUCAGUAACCAAGGCAAAAGGAGGCAACAGCGGAGGUGGCAACAAAAGCUUCAUGACCCAGAUCAUACCGGUGUAUGGAUUUGGAUUGUUCAUGUAUGUUCUGUACAUCCUCUUCAAGAUCUCAUCCAAAGGUAGCAUCUCUAGUCCUAAAGUAAGGAAGAGAUGUAGAAGCGCCAGACCUGGGAACGUGAAGCGGAAAAUUACUGAUUACGAGCUGGAUCAACUUCAAGAAAAACUGAAAGAGACUGAAGUGGCCAUGGAGAAAUUAGUUUUGAAAAUGGGAGCUGAAUCAGACAAGAUUACCCGUGUUACCACUGAACAGGAAGAGAACUUACUGAGACAUCUGAAGGAAAUCACCCGAGUAAUUAAGAAGGGGCAACUCUUUGAAGGCAUCAGCCCUGAGAAAGAAGCAGAGGAAUCUCCAUACAUGGAGGACUGGGAAAGUGGAGAAAAAUCUUUUAACACUAACAGUGGUCCUGAGGAAACAUACCAGAAUAGCAGUGAAUCCGAAUGCAGUUGCCCGUGUGAUACCAACGCAAAUAUUUCUGAGUCAAAUGAGCUUUCUGCAGAGGAAAUAGCAGAAGGAAUAGGCACAAGAGAAGAUGAAUGUUCCUCAAGUGAAACAAUGGAAGAUCAAAUAAGACAAAACAAAAUAUAUCAAGCAUUGGAUCAUCAGCCAAGCACGCGGAUUGGUGUGUGUAGCCAGAAUGGCGGUGUUCAAGUGGAAGAACUCCAGUGUGAAGACUGCGAGUAUUUUAACCAUGAAAGUGAUGACCCAGCUAUUAUAGCAGAGAAUUUUGUCACCAGCUCUGAGGAAGCCAGUGAUGCUGAUGAUCAAAUCAGGGAUGAAUCUAUUAAGAACAUUUCUAUCAGUGAAAAGCAGCAAGAAAUCACUUGCAAAAAUAAAGGCGUACUGCGAAAACGCAGCAAGGUGAUGAAAAAGUAACUGGCAAAAAGAAUAAUAAUUCAGAUAGUAUCCCUUUGGUAUAUGUAACCAGGCUGUAUCAGGUCUUCCAAACAGAGUUAAAUUAUACAGCACAUAGGUAUUUUCUAAUAUAGACACUGCACUUCUUCAAUGUUUUCCAUUAUUGUCAGAAAAAUCUGUUUUACCAUGUAGUUACUCAUCUAGAACAUACAACAUAGAACAGUACAGCACAGUAUAGGCCCUUC